CUAGCCUUUGUCUAAAAUGAUUACUAACGAUAGCUGUGCUAUGUAUUUCGAUAGAGAAUUUGUGACUACAAAUCUGCAGAAUCUAUUGCGCUGCCCAAAGUGUAUAAAAUCUUAUACAUACUCAUACAUAAGCGAUCAAGAAGGUAACUGUCGCCCCAUUGUGCUGUCAUGUGGUCAUAAUCUCUGUGAGAGCUGUGUGUGGAGCAAUCGCCAGGAUCUAAAGUGCGCUGUAUGCCAUAGUCCAGCUCCUCCAACAAUCAUUGCCAAGGAUUCGACCUAUAAAUCCGUUGCUAAUGUGUGCGACUUCUAUGAGUUGAACUACCACGUGCUGGGAGUAACCAGCAGAUACUUUCAAAGAUUCGGUGGGGAAAUAUUGAAUAGUUCCAUAUCCCUUAGUUCAAUCAGCGAUGAGAUUGUCCUCACAUCCAAGUGUAGCGAAUGCGGAAAUGAAAUAGCUUCCGGGGAGUGCAGGCAGUGCAAUACCUACUACUGCCGCCGUUGUUUCGCAUCGGUCCACAAUCACAGUCGUGUAUUGCAAUCGCACAUCUUCCAAACAACUGAGAAGAGCUACUCCCUGAGUAAGGGAUUACAAGUGGGAAAACAAUACUUUAUAUUGCCUUUCACAAAUGAUUGUCAGGAGCACCACACACCAAAGACCAUUUACUGCUUCCAAUGCAAGCGGACACGUUGUCCACUGUGCUCCUCCACUUUUCAUCGCGGGCACCGCACUCAGUCACUUUUGGUGAUGAAUCAACGAUUUGCUUCUGAAAUUCCGACGUCCUUAAAUUCAUUAAAUUCAGCUCUACUCAACAUCCAAAAUGGCCAGGAGGUGGUACAAGCGGCCAAGAAAAAGUUUAACAACUAUGCCUCCGAAACGCUGGCCAAUAUUUCCAAGCGUUUUUGCCACCUGCACGGCCUGCUCCAGGUGGCCGAGCUGCAGGUCAUCGAGAAGCUGCGCGAGUCCAGUCUGCCACCACAAGUGGCACUCAACAAAGCACUUGGCACUCUAAAUGGCUACGAAACAGUGAUCAAGCGCUUAAAGCAAGCCCUGGAAAGUGGAUCCCAGAACAUCACGGGUGUGCCAGACGACAUCCCUCUAAAAUGGCUGGUUAAACUCAUCCACGAACAUAUCGAAAAGAUUCCCACAACUGUGCACGUAAGCAAGAUAGAGGAAAAUCCUUAUCGCAUGAGCACUAGUCGUUUUAUGGAUAUGACCUACAUCCCAGCUUGCGAAUUUGUGGAUCCCAAUAUUCAAGUUCGUUUCAAGACAGACUUUGAGGAGUCCGAUUGUAGCAGUUCCCAGUCUUCCAGCGGUGGCAAAGAGAAUAAACACGAGUCUAACAUAAUUUUAACCCCGAAUUUAAUGAAAAAACCAAUAGCACAGAGCCAAGAGAGAUGCAGCGAAAUUUCUUGGAAAUCCCACUCCAAUCUAAGUGGUCUACUCAAUGAGCUUCCGAUUCAGGAAUUGAAUUUUGUUCAGAAUUUCGCGGAAUUGGACAUUACCAAACCUGAGAGUACAUCAUCUACUGAUGUUGAAGACAACAGCUUUUGGUUUAAAACCUAUGCUGAGGUAAAGGUGAUCUGCAUCAACUCUCCCGAAGAUUUCUAUGUCCAGGGCAUCCAUGCUGAAAAGCAAAUGCGCAAGAAGAUGGAAAAAUUUGCACGGACACAUAAAGAUAGGGGAUCCAUCCCACUAGCGAUCAUGGUGGGCACGCACUAUAUAAUUUACCACAGGGAUCAGAAGUGCUUCUACCGUGCCAAAGUAAAGCAAAAGCUUGCCAAUUGCGACAUCUACAAGGUCUUUCUGCCGGAUAUUGGUCUUUACUUUGACAUUCGCAGCGUGGACUUUUAUGAAUUGCCUGAGCGUUUAGCCAAGCUACCGUACUCGGCCGUACACUGCACCCUAAGUGAGCUGGUGCCCAACAAUGAUAAAUCUGAGUGGGGUACUAGAGCCAGCGCAUUCCUUAAGCAUAUAGUGCAAAACAAACCCGUGCACUUGAUAUUGAAGAGAGCUGCUUUUUACGAUUCAUAUGAAGUGGAUCUUAUUACCAGCAAUUACAAUACUAAUAUCUCCAUCCACGAUUGCUUUUUAUACUCUGGCCUGGCACGCUCUCGCUGCGUCCAAGCGUCAGCCAUGGGCCAUCAAUGGCUGCAGCUUGCUCCGAAUACGCUGCGCCUGCCCAAGAUGACGUUUCAGUGUGGAGAUGAGCUGAAGGUCCAGAUGUUGAACGUUGGGCAUUCGCAGGAGUUCUACGUUACCCGUCAAGACUUAAGGGCAAAUCGUUUAAGUCUCCAAAAUAAUCUGCAGGAAACCAUGGAUCGCAUUAGCCGUAGCCAUUUGGAAAACAUAUUUCUUGGGCAACUUCACCUUGGUUGCGUGCUGCAGUCGGGUGGUCAGUGGAAACGCGCCAGCAUCGAAGACGUUCUUGGGAAUGGUUAUGUAGUUGUGCGUCUGGUAGACCAUGGUGUUAGCCAAAAAGUUUUCUGGGACCAAUUAUUCGUGCUGCCUCAGAACUUCUGGCAUAAGGAGAUGGCUAUCAAGUGCUAUCUGGCGAAUGUGCAAACCCGUGAGGAGCUGUCUUAUACCUUAGACCUACUGACCUCGAAUCCCAAUCUCCACAUAGUGGUAAUCCUUCCCAUCGAGGAUGGGAUCUAUGUGACAUUAAAUUUAACCCAUUUCAAAUCGGAUACAACAAACGUUGGGGUCCAACUCUUUUCCCAGGGAUGCUGUAUAUCGAGCACGGAGGAGAGUAGUACGAUGUUAGGUUCCCUAGAUCGAUCUUUACGUCUCGAUCUGGAGACGUGCAAGUUUUUAGAACGGAAAAAGAGAAAGCUAGGUAAACUUUCUCGAUACCAAAUGUUCGAUAAAAACGAGCAAGAUAAGCUAGUUAAAGUCCAGGUUCUUUACGUCCGCCAGCCGGAUGAGUUCUAUGUGACUCUGCCUAAUUUGCAGCCAGCCAUCGAGAUCUUCCAAAAAGCUGUGCAGAAAGCAGCUGCCGAAAUGAACGAGCAUAUGGUGCCGAAAUUUAUGUGGAAGGCAGGCGAUAUGUGCUACAUAAAUGUGCAGGCCAAAAUGGAUUCUAAAAAAUUAUGGCAUCGUGGAAUUGUGACAGAGGUCAAACCUAACAUUAAUCGGCAAUUGUUUCGCUACCAAGUGCAACUACGGGAUUUGGGUGAGGUGGUUGAAGAUAUGCUCGGCACUUGCCUGGUCGACAUUGACGAGGACAACAUGCGCAUCUCCAACAGAGUCAAACGAUGUCGCUUACACGGGAUCCGGUCGAACGGUGAAGGAUGGUCUGAGGACGCCAAUAAAUUCUUCUUGGACCAAUUGAAGGUCUACGAUGAUAUCCACAUGACAGAACACUGUCGUUCGAAUAACUCUUUAAACGUCGUUCUUUGGGGCUCACACACUACAAUCAGUGAAUCCUUUACACCAUCUCAAACAAAGUACGUUAAUAUAAACAAAACCCUUUUGUUAGCCGGUAUGGCGGAGAAAGAUCUGGAUGCCGACGAAGACCAACUGGGAUCGGAAAAUGUCAGCGUUCGCUUACAAGGAUCCAAAUCAAAUGAGUCUAGAGCUUUGCAAACCAAUAUGGAUCAAAUUGAAUGGAUUGAUACAACAAAGAACAUUAAUUCCGUGGAGUUGGGUAGAAUGAAAGCCGUCUUCGAGCACAACGAAGAUAUGCCUCCGUUGGAACUGCUCUAUGAUUUAGGAUUAUUUAAGCUAACGACUGGACAGACCUUACCACCAUCUGGUUGGACAACUCCUCGUAAGUGUGAGAAGACCAUCUUCACUGCAUUCGCCACCAAUGUGAGCUACGAGUGCUCCAUCUACUUGACUUUGGCCAACGAUAAGCCCUUCAUGGAGCAUAUGCGCAAUCUACUAAUGCAAACAUACAAGCCACUAAUGGAAAAGCAACAGAAGGGCUUCACGUCUUAUAGAUAUGAGGUGGGACAACCGGUGCUGGCCACCUAUCACAUGGACAACCUAAUUUACCGAGGAAUAGUGCAGCGCUUAAAGAACAAUCACGACGAAUACACAGUGUACUAUGUGGAUUCUGGUAACAUGGAGCAGGUAAAAGCAGAUGAGAUGCUGCCAUAUGCUCCGUUCCCGGAACUGAGCGCCAUGUGUUUUCUGGUAACGAUUCACGGUGUUCGAUCAAAAUGGGGAAUGUACAAUAUUCUGGAUAGGAAAACAGUCCAUGAGAAUGUGUUCAUGAAGCUAAGCAAUGUCCGUGUGGUGGAUUCCCAAGAUUUGAGUAGCGGUAAGCUACCCGCAUGUCAGAUUAAAGUCGGCAAUAUGGACAUAGCCACCAUGAUGAUAGAUUGCGGAAUAUCAGUACCAAUUGAAAACCCGUCGUCCAAAAAAAACAUGCCUUCCCAAAAUGAUCUCAAUGAGUUUAAAGUGUUUAACGAACUGGAUAACCUAGCUUCUGCUCAAAUAGAAUCAUCAGACGACGAAGUACCUUGUACUCAGCGUAAAAACGAAACCAUUUCAUCGGCUCAGCCACCGCCGACCAAGAAGAAGUAUCUCAACAAUAGUUACUUUUUUGAUGAAUUUGAUACUUCUGAGGUUGAACUAUCCUCAAAUCUAUCCGAUAAGAAAAAUAACAAGAUAGAUGCCAAUGUGAAUGACAGUCAGAUGGAACCCCCAAAUUGUUUUGCCGUCGAUCAGUUGAAACGUCGUAUUGAUCUCCGUCAAACGGAAAUAAUAGACAAGGUCAACUUUUCACCUUUGGAUACCUCAACGGAGAGGUCUUACUACGAUGGAAGUAGCAGCUUCAAGACACUCCGCCUUCCCAAUGGAGUUAAUCAAUUCAAAUGCACCGUAGACAGUGUACUUUCCUCGACUGAACUGCAGAUCGCGCCAUGUCUCUCAGAGUUUACCAAGCACGACAUAAGUCUAAUCCAAGAGACGAGUUCUUUGAUCAAAGAUGCGGAACCGUUAAAGCAACCCAAAGUGGGUGACUUGUGCCUGGCCCAGUACUCGAAGGACAAACAGUGGUACCGCGCUUUGAUCAAAGAGGUUUCACACAUCGCGUCUCCUCCAACCAGUCAUGAAGCCACCGUGUUCUACAUCGAUUUCCAUGACACCGAGAAAGUUUCCUACAAUCAUUUGAAAGUGAUGCCGAGUCAGUUGUCUAUGUUCCCACUGCGAUCUUUUCGCGUUAAAUUACACGGCUUAAAGAAAAACGAUAAUUUUGAAGACAAAACGGUGCGCCAGACAUUGCAGGCUUGCCUCUGCAAAUAUCCACUGGUUUUUGCCCAGGUUCACUAUUCCCCAAAUUAUCACACCGACAAUUUCGAUCUAAUCGAAGUAGAGCUUUUUGAGAAUAAGCAGAAGAAGAAGCUUGUAUACCAAUCUCUCUGUGAAAAUUUGAUGUUACAGAAAAAAACCAGAAUGUGACGUGGUUAAGAGAUCUGGAAAUGCGGACCUGUUAUCAAGCCCUAAAUAAACAUGUAUCACAGGGUUAUUUUACAUUUUAACUUUAAUUCUAUUUUUCGAUAAGCCCAAAUUAUAACAUCCAGUAACUUCGGUUUCUUACCCUCUCUCUUAGAAAAGUCAUAAAAAGGCAAUAAAUGUUUUG